GAUCCCCGCAGUGACAUGCUUUUCCCAAGCGAGCGUCUCUUUUGGGUUGGUACUCCAAGCUGACUUCCAGCUGCCGUGUCUAGACUUUCACUCUCUUUCUAUCUUUCUCGUGUGUGACUUCUAAGAAACAAGCUUUCUUUUGCGUCCCCACUGUUUUUUUCCCUAAGCUCUUUCCUGGUAAUGGGUAAAUUUCCAUUUUUUGCUUCAUAGUUUGAAUAUGAUCCUCUCUUUACUUCACCUCCCAAUUAAUCCUCCUUCCAUACUGCCAAAAUCUAGCUAAGUGACUGCACACCCUUCUAGUUAGUUGGAAGCCAUGGGGUGUUUUCCUUUCUUUGAUGGAGCCAAUACAGGGGAGCCAAAGGCAAUGAAGGUGGUAUCUAAUUUGUCAUCUAAUUCUGCUCUUGGUGAUGAUGAAGAAAAUAUAUAUGGCUCUGAGCUCAACUCACAAAACGUCUCUGACACAAGCACAGAUUCCAUAAGGAAAAACUCAUUUUUUAGCAUGUCCCAGAGAUCUACCUCCAAUUUGAGAGUGUUCACAUUUCAAGAGCUAAAAUCUUGCACUAAAGGCUUCAGUCGAUCAGGUAGGAUUGGAGAGGGAGGAUUCGGAUGUGUCUAUAAGGGGAUGAUAAAGAGUUUAGAAGAUCCAUCUGUGAAGGUAGAUGUUGCCGUAAAACAGCUGGGAAAAAGAGGUCUGCAGGGUCAUAAAGAAUGGGUUACAGAAGUUAGUGUUUUGGGGGUAGUGGAGCAUCCCAACCUUGUCAAGCUAUUGGGUUAUUGUGCUGAUGAUGAUGAGAGAGGUAUCCAACGGCUUCUGAUUUAUGAAUACAUGCCCAACGGAAGUGUGGAGGAUCAUUUAUCUUCUAGGUCUCGAACAAUUCUCCCAUGGGCUAUGAGACUGAGAAUAGCUAGGGAUGCUGCUCGUGGUCUAACCUAUCUUCAUGAAGAAAUGGAUUUUCAGAUUAUAUUUAGAGACUUCAAAUCCUCAAAUAUACUAUUGGAUGAGCAAUGGAACGCAAAGCUAUCAGAUUUUGGGCUUGCAAGAUUGGGCCCUCCAGAAGGGCUGACUCAUGUCUCAACUGCAAUUGUAGGAACACUGGGAUAUGCUGCUCCUGAGUACAUCCGAACAGGACGCUUGACGUCCAAAAAUGAUGUAUGGAGUUAUGGGGUUUUCCUAUAUGAACUUAUCACAGGACGCCGCCCUAUAGACAAGAACCGCCCAAAGAGUGAGCAAAGACUUAUAGAUUGGGUGAGACCGUACCUUUCAGACUUAAAGAAGUUUGAGUUGAUUGUGGACCCAAGGCUUGGUAAAAACUAUCCUCUCAAGUCCAUUCAUAAGCUUUCAGUAGUUGCCAACAGAUGCCUUGUUCGACAACCAAAAUCACGCCCUAAGAUGAGUGAUGUCCUAGACAUGGUAAAUCAUAUUGUUGGUGCAUCAGCUGAGUUAGCGGUUCCCAUACCAGUUGUGAUUUCAGACACAGAGGAAGCCUCCAAAGAUAGCCAUGCAAAAAGAAGUAUGGGCACAAGAUUCAAAGAGGAUAAUUGGGUUGCUCGUUUGUGGAGACACAACCUCUGGAAGACACAUUGAUGACAGCAGCCUUUGUCAAGGCCUUAAUCUUGUGUAAAUUUACACGUCGGAAGCAUAGAUGGGUUUGCAUAUUGGAGAUCAAUUGUAUAUUGGAUGUGAUGGUAAUUAUUAGUUUGUAUUGUGUUUUUGAGUAACCAAAGAUUCAUUGGUGAGUGUACAUUAUGUAUUGGUUGUAAUACAGGGAUAUUGGGGUGAUCAAUUUCUUCCCUUUAUUGCACAAAUGCGAUUACCACGACAUACAGCUAAGUUGUUUGAAGAGCUGAUCAGCCAGCAGUUAGCCAGUUUUGGGGGUGAUUAGCAAGUACUACUGUUAAAUCUGUUGUACUAUAUAGAUUUUUGUAAUAUAAAUCAUAAAGUUGUCCAGUAUUUUAUAGGUAUGUUGUCUUCAUUUCAAUUCCA